CUGAGAAAAGAGAGCCAAGGUGAUCACUUAGUGAGCCUAGAAAAUCCCUUAAAGCCAGCCUGGGUCCCACAGACAAAUGGGACCCUGGAGCUGGUAGCAGCAUCAGCCAAGUACAGUGAAGGCCCAGGAGUGGAUUGAUUCACAUGCCCUGGAAGAAGCCAGUCCAGCUGAGCAAAGGAGCCACUCACUCAUCCCUGCCAUCACACCCUGAAGCUAACUUGGUAGGCAGUCCUCAAAGGGAGAAAAGGAUUCUCCAGGUUGGGAGUCACAAGCGGCGUCCUCAAACUGUAUCACACUCUAGUGGGAACAGAAAUCUGGAAGAAUGUGAAGGGGACAUUCGGAGGAAGGCUGGGGAAAAAAACAAACAAAAGGGUCAAUUCCAACUCGGACAAAGGGAGCUUCUACUACAAGUGGAAAGGAGAAAAUACUUUGGGAAGGAGCCUGGUCUCCUUGCCAAGCUCCACGCUCACCCCUCAAUAUUGACAAUGCAGUUAGUACUUCCCGUAACCUAGAGACCAGAGAAUGCUGCCUCGCUCCGUGAAGGAGGGGAAACGUGGAAGUCUCUUGCUUUCCCAGGGUCUUCACCUUACUCCAAACCUCAAACUGGGCUGGCUGAAUAUUUUACCAGCUGCGGCUCCAAGUCCCUUGAUUCCACGGACCCCAUGAAGUGAUGGAGCCCAAUGGGUCAGUCAUUGUGGAGGGGGCGAAGGAGAAUGGUGCUAACAGCGAUGGCAGUCCGGGGCCUGAGGAACAUGGCCCUAGUGCAAUAGAUGUCAAUCCACUUCCUCUUCCUUUGUCUGCUGCUGAAUGUGAUGCUUGUGCCCACUGUCUUCAGUAUCACCUCAAAAGAGAUGCUUCUACUGGAGCUCACUGCCUCCGGAUCAGUCCCAGCACAAAAUCAGAUCAGAACCCUUUCUGCUCCUGUUGUAAUCAUCCUCCUGGGGAUGACGAGCUGCAGCCCUGCCCAUCACCUUCCAAGCAAGCCAUUGAUGAUGCUCUGGUAACAAAAGUGAGAGAGAAUGAAUAUCCAGAGGAAAUCAUUCUGCUUGAUCAAAAGGAUGCAGAAUGGAGUUUUUAUCCAAGACAUGGGCAUCUUCAUACCUAUCAUAAGGGGAAAAAGUGUUAUUUCAAUGGAGUCUUUCGUGCUUACCAGAGAUGUUCAACAGAGAUAACAUUGGACAAAUGCUUUGGGAGAAAAAAAUAUGACCUUGAUCUCAGGAAUGGACUCCCAGAACUGAUGCCAGGGGACAAGACAUAUUUCCGUCCUGAGCAAUGUCCAGACUUUUAUAAACAUGGAGCCACUGUACCACCCGUGAAUUUUUCAAGAGUUCCAUAUGUAAAGAAAGUAGAUACAUUUAUUCCUCUGGAACCUCUGCCAAAAGAAUAUCACUUGCCUUUUUCUGAGAGGGAGAAGAAAAAGCAACAAAUGAAUGAAAUAAUGGAAGUCAAAGAACUGGAUGAUUGGAAGCCAGCAGUUCCCCUGCUGGUUUGGCUGUUCCCUCCUGUGGCACCGGCCAAACCUUUAAAAGUGGUAACAAUUUGAGAAGCAUUGGACCCCGUAAGGAUAAAGCGUGUUGGGAGGUUAUGUAAAUAAAAUGGCAGACUAUGCU